AUGUCCACCACCACAACCUCAGUCAGCGCAACCAACACUGCCAGCUGCGGCGGCAGCGUCUGGCAAAUCCCAACAACAGACGCCGCCUGCGCCGCCAUCAUCAGCGGCAACGUCACCGACGUGAUGGACCAGUGCUGCAAGGACGCUUCCCCCCGCAAGUACGACAACGACUGCGGCAUCUACUGCCUCGCCCAAGGCCAGGAUAUCGGCACCCUCCAGUCCUGCAUCACCAGCAAAAGCGGCAACUACCACGACGUCUUCUGUAACACUUCUCGUCAGAAUGCGACCGCCACUGCUGCUGCCACUAAGACUUCUUCUACAUCCUCCGGCACUACCGGUACUUCAACUUCGACUUCGACCCACAAUGCUGCUGUUGCGAACCAACCCGUGUCCAAGUCUGGGCUUGGCCUUGUGGCUUUGAUGUUUGCGUCGGCUUUCAUGGCAGCAUUUUCUUAA